AUUUGACAUUCACUGCGAAAACGUAAACAAACCCAGUGACUCGCAAUGAAUGUGAUAUAACAAUAAAAACAAGCUUCCUUUGUAAGAGUUAGCACUUAAAGCAAGCGAUGCAGCAUCAUGGCUCGCAGCUGUGCCGUCAGCUAGCACGCUGCCUGCACACAGCGACCGCCCAAUGGCAGCUCAGCCAUUACGAUGCCUUGGGCAUUGACAAGCGUUGCACACAGAACGAGAUCAAAGCGGCAUAUUACAAGUUGUCCAUGAUUUAUCAUCCAGAUCGCAACAAGGGAAGUGAAAGUGCUGCCAAGAAGUUUCGUGAGAUCAGUCAGGCCUAUGAGGUCCUGGGCAACUAUCGUCUGCGUCGCCUCUAUGACAAAGGAAUCGUGCACACGGCAGGUGCUCAAUAUGCGCAAGAUAUACGUGAUAUGGAGCAGGAGACGGUGGUCGAGGACGACCCGAAAACAAAGUUCUACAAGUCACGCUUUCAGAAAUCAAAAGUUGCCGAUUCCGAAGGACGGACGCCCAUCUACGAUUUUGAUGAAUGGAGCCGGGCGCACUAUGGCAAGAAUUUUGAUAGACGACAGGCGGCUCAGGAGAAGCACGAACGUUUGCGGGUGCAAAAGGAACAAAGUAGAGUAUCAGGCCAAAACGAUUUGGUGAUGUUUGCCAUCAUAUUUGCAGGCUUAGCCAUGUACCUGAUGUUCCUCGCAGAGAGCUCAUAUGAUACGCCCAAGCGCAAGGCAGAAGAUCGUUACAAGAGGGAUAAAGUGGAAGCAGCGACAAUUACAAGAGCUGACAAAGUCUAGGAAAUCGAAAAGAGUCUAGUUCAAUUUAACUUAAGCUUAACUGUUUUAAAUAAAUACGCAAAUUGUACAUUAAACUAUAUAUUUGGCCACAUCA